AUGGCAAGCGUACGGGCUGCCAUGCCGCUGCGCAGUCUGCUCACCAGCAAAUGCGCCAGCGCUGUGCGUGUGCAGCAAAGAGCUUCGAGCUCAUCCUCGACACAGGCAUUGGCAUACAAGGCCAUUCACCGCCGCAUUGCGCCUCUCCCCACCGAGGACCGCCCUCCUGCAUGGUCUGCGCCAGCCGCUGUCAGCAACAUCCUCUACGAAACACCCCUCCCGUCGCAAGCACCGCAGAAGAGCCACAUUCUCAACUGCUUGGUCCAAAACGAGCCUGGUGUACUCUCGCGUGUCUCUGGAAUCCUGGCUGCUCGCGGCUUCAAUAUCGACAGUCUGGUGGUGUGCAACACCGAGGUGGAUGACCUUUCUCGCAUGACCAUCGUGUUGCAAGGGCAAGACGGAGUCAUUGAGCAGGCCCGUCGUCAGCUGGAGGACUUGGUCCCUGUGUGGGCUGUGCUCGACUACACGCAGUCUCCGCUUGUGCAACGUGAACUGCUUCUGGCCAAGAUUUCUACGCUGGGUCCCGAGUACUUUGAGGAACUGCUGGCCCAUCACCGCGAGAUGGCCCAGACACCGGAGCUAGACGAGUCGUAUGAGCAGACGGACAUGACAGAAGAAGAACAGAAUGCGGCGGCACACGAGGCCGCUCGCGAGGCUCUGCGAAAAGACUAUCACCCUACCAACCUACCCAUCAGUCAAGCUCUCCGCCACAAGCACGAGCAUCUGCGAGCGAUUACAUUUAUGACCCACCAGUUUGGUGGAAAGGUCCUGGAUAUCAGCACCAACAACUGCAUUGUCGAGGUCUCCGCAAAGCCGAGCAGAAUCGACUCUUUUAUGAAGCUCAUCGCCCCAUUCGGCAUCCUAGAAUCUGCACGAACUGGUCUCAUGGCCCUACCCCGCUCGCCGCUUCACGGCGGUGUUGAGACAGAGGAGAUGGAAAUGGAUGCACAAGAUAUUGUCGACAACAGCAUGCUCCCCCCCGGUUAG